AUGCAAUAUAACGUAGCGCAAUUGUUGAAUGAACCCACCGGAUCCACUCGCAGAGUACAAUUGGAGACUGGGCCUGGGUACUCCGGCGACUUGGCAGUUGCUUACGGUGGCAGUCUGGAAUUCCUGAGAACUCAUCAGGGUUUGCUGGUCCGAGGAAAUGUACAAGCCAGUGUGGUGUUGACCUGUGGCAGGUGCCUAAACGAGUUUUCGAGUCCCAACCAGUUGGAAGUUGAAGAAGAGUUCUACUCCCUGGUUGACGUCAAUACAGGCGAAAGGAUGGAUAGUGUCUGGGACUUCGAAGGGACAGUUAUAGACUUCGAUCAUGUACUGGAUAUGUCUGAGGUGCUGCGGCAGUACACCAUAGCCGCCCAGCCAAUCAAGCCACUGUGCAGGACGGACUGUGGGGGCCUUUGCCAAGAAUGUGGGGUCGACCUGAAUCAGGAAAGUUGUAAGUGCAGUGAGGAUGCCAUAGACCCGAGGUGGAAAGACUUGGCAGCCUUGCUGGAUCAGUCGGAAACUUAA